UUUUUAAAUUAUUUGUACGGCAAUAAGGGAUAAUGUAUUUUUAUUCGUGUCUUGAUAAAAAUUACUACUUUGAGCGGUUUGAACAGUUUUGCGAUUAUAUUCGAUUGUGUGCAAUCAAUCUAAAUCGCGUUUACGUUCAGUCGUGUCGCCUAAUGAUCGAUAAUGACAAGACUCAGGCUAUGUUUACGUUUGGUCUCUUGUCAACACUUUUAAUUCUGUCGGGCAUUCGCACUGUCGGCGACGGUCUCAACCGCGACUCUUCGAGAUCACCAGCGUCGGCCGUAAUUAAUUACGGAAGGAUCUAUGGACACGCUUUAUACGUGGAGCCGGUUUUUUACGGGGGUUCCGUGCAGCCACCGCAACGCCGUCUUCUCGAACAUUUGCGUAAAGCCAAGCAGGUGUACCGCAGCUACGAUUACAACAUCGCACGAGGACACCGUCAUUCUCGAAAUAAGCUCGAUGAGGGCAGACCUUAUCGUUCGUCAGACGUGAAGAACAACGAAGAUGAGGACGAAGAAGAGGAGGAGGAAGAGGAGGAGGAGGAGGAAGAGAAUCAGGGCAACGAGGAGGACAAGCUCAAUGACGAGGAUGCCGAUGAAGAGACCGCGGAGCAGAAUGAAGAAGAAACGGUCGCGGUCGCCGCUGCCAGGAAUCGCGUAGCGAGAUCUGGUUACAUGCCGCUUUGGGGUGAGAUGGCUGGUGAACGCAAGAGACAGGAAAUCGUGAGAAUCAGAUCGGCCACCGAGGAGUGCGAGGACGAGACGACGGAACCGUCACAAUAUUACGAAUACGAGACCGAAGUGAGAAAUGUCGCUUCUCAAAAUGUCCGAUAUGACGAAUGUCAAGCGACAUUCUCCAUCCUUGUCGUGAGUUUGUUGAUUCUCUUUUUCGCCUGAGACAACAAGUCAAGAAUUCCAGAUUACGAAGAAAAAGCGACAUAUAUUAUAGCGAACGAGACCACGCGUGCACUUGCGUAAUAAAUUUCUAUGAAUUUUCAUAAGUCUUUCAUUUCGUUUGAAUUAUUCACGGUAUUAUCUGUUGCAUUACAUGUGCAUUAGAUAAUUGUUUAACCCGGGAACAAUCGUCCAGCUUUUUUAUUGUAUAAACGGUCACUUGGAAUUUUUAUAUCCCAAUUCAAAAAGUUGCUAUUAUUAAUUUUAUACUAUAUUAUUCAAUUUGAGUGUUUUAGUUUUUUAUGCAUACAGAUUUACUCAGUAUGUUAUCAUGAAAGUAAAGAAAUAAAAAAUGAUGUGUAGAUUCU